AUGAGCAUACGAGAAACGUUCACCUUCAAGAAAGCUCUUCUGGUGCUAAAGACAUAUUCGAGGUUCAUUGGCCCUGGCCUAAUGGUCAGUGUAGCGUACAUGGAUCCCGGAAACUAUUCCACUGCUGUAGCUGCUGGCUCGGCUUAUAAAUAUGACUUACUUUUCCUGAUUUUUUUAUCAAACUGUCUAGCCAUUUUCCUUCAGAUAUUAGCUGCUAAGCUUGGAGCCGUAACAGGACUCGAUUUGGCUGCAAAUUGUAAAGCCAAUUUCUCAUUUAAAACGAAUUUAUUUAUCUACAUUUUGGCCGAAGUUGCCAUCAUUGCUACCGACUUGGCAGAAGUAGUUGGUACGGCCAUAGCAUUGAACAUCUUGUUCAAUUUACCCCUUUUUGCUGGGGUCAUCCUCACAGUCGUAGACGUACUAAUUGUGUUGAUGGCAUAUAGGCCGAAAGGUCCGUUGCUUUUCAUCCGGAUUUUUGAGUCGUUUGUAACUGUCUUGGUGGCGGCAACUGUUGUCUGUUUUGCCAUAGAAUUGCAUCAAGUCAGUCAUGAUCCACUGAUUAAUUUUUCAGUGGUAGAAGUCAUGAAGGGCUUUUUGCCAAAUGAAAGCGUCGUAGAUCUGUCUGAUAGAAAAGGCGGAAACGGACUUUUCUUGAGUUUGGCUAUUUUAGGAGCAACCGUGAUGCCCCACUCCUUGUACUUGGGAUCAGGUUUGGUUCAGGCCAGAUUGAAGGAUUUUGACAUCAAGCAUGGUUUUUACAGACCCUUUCAAAGAAGAUCUCUCAAUGCUGAAUCACCCCAAACUCAGACGGAAGAAGAAGAAUUACAUGGCACUGAAUCUUUAGCUGAAUCUGACUCAAUUACUCCAUUGGCUACACCUUUGGUGAACCCAUUUGGUGGCAUACUAAGAUUUGAAAAGGAUAAUGAUGUUGCAACUGUAGACGAUGAUGAAGACGACAACUACCGUCCUUCCAUUCAUGCGAUCGACGACACAAUGAGCUAUACAAUUGUGGAAUUGGUAAUUUCGUUAUUCACAGUCGCACUUUUCGUCAAUGCUGCUAUUUUGAUUGUCGCUGGUGCCACUUUAAAUGCCAAUAAAAAACAUGAAAGAAGCUCCUUUGGGGGUUUUUCUAGGAGAGAUGAUGACGAUGAUGGCACAGAUUCAGACUCAGACGACGACUACGAGAACGCAGAUUUAUUUACCAUCUACCAUUUGCUUUCAAAGCAUUUGUCGCCUACGGCUGGGUUUGUGUUUGCAUUAGCGUUGUUGUGUUCCGGCCAAAGUGCUGGUGUAGUUUGUACUUUGGCAGGUCAGAUGGUCUCUGAAGGUUUCUUGUCGUGGAGCUUACCUCCAGUGACGAGAAGAUUGAUUACCAGAGGCUUGGCCAUUGCUCCAUGUCUUGUUGUCGUAAGCAUUGCCGGUCGCGAAGGUUUAGCCAAAACAUUGAAUGCCAGUCAAGUAGUUUUGUCGAUUCUUUUGCCAGUAGUCAGUGCCCCUCUUAUUAUCUUUACUUGUUCAAAAGAAAUCAUGAAGGUACCUAUCUUUGUCAGAGACGGGGAUGAAAAUGUCGAUAUUGUCUACGAACAGCCGGAAGCUUCUACUAUCUUUGACGAUGACGAAAUAACUCUACCUGCCCCUGCUCCUGGCAAACCGCGUAGAUUCAAAAGUACAGAGCCUGCUAUCCGCUUACAAGAUUUACGUAACUCACAUCCUUGCGCUGGUUGGGAAGAUGAUGAGGACGAACAUAUGAAUCACGGAAGUGAAGAACAACUGCACCUUCUCAGUCUGAACAGCGCUGAUGGAACUAAUGCCAACGCUCCAUACCCUCGCCGUUUAUCAGCUAAAUCGAUGAGUACAAGUGACUCGAACAGUUUCAGCUCCUCUAGCGCUAACACCUCGACAAAUCCCACACCAAACCCUUUACCAGUGGAAAUCUACGAAGAUGCCGACCACGAGCUCUUCAGAAUCCAAGGCUACAAAGACUUCAGCAACAGCCCCUUGACAGCUUUUGUUGCAAUCUUGAUCUGGGGGUUUGUCACCUGCUUAAACUUGUACUUGAUAGUCAGCAUGAUGUUGGGCUACGAUGUUCCUUUGUGA